CAAUCACAGCCUUUGUGUGCACUGACGUCAUCGGUUGACGUCGUGUUGAAUGUGAGUUCGAGUAUAAUAUAUUUAUUAACUGACGCAAGGGCGCUAAAUCUAAAACAAAGCGUGAAAAUGUGAAUACAUUGGAUGACAAUAGUCGGAGUAGAUGAGCCAGAGAGUAGGUUGGUGCAGCUCGGUCCAGUGGAGAGUGCACUUCAUGUGGAGAAAUGACGCGCUAACUGUGCCGGUCGGUGGCUCGGCUCUGCUAGCAUCGAGCUAACGAGGCACGGACCUCCACUGCCUCCUCGUUGUAGUCGCCCGUCCGCUUGUCCCGCUGUUCUCUCGCGGUGCUGUUGGCCUGGGAAUAUGGCGCCACGGACACAACUGGAGAAAGCUGCCUGGCGCUGGGUGGACCACGUCCUGCCCGAGGAAGUACGGCAGGAGCAUGUGGAGCUCGCCUACCGUGUCAACCUGCCUGCGUGCCAGAGAGGAACGUGCAGAAGGAACUGCAAAGGAAAUCCAAAUUGUCUUGUGGGCAUUGGUGAGCAGGCUUGGCUCGGAGAGAUCGAUGAAAAUGCUUUCCACAAUGUGGAUGACCCCAAUUCAGUGCGUCGAGAAAAGAACACGUUUGUUGGCCUCACAAAUCUGGGUGCCACCUGUUACGUCAACACAUUCCUGCAAGUGUGGUUCCACAACUUGGAGUUGCGGAAAAGCCUCUAUCAGUGCCAAACCUCCAGAGCUCAUCAACAUGACAUCCAGUCAGAGUACGAGCCGCAGUCCAUCUGUGAGCAUCUGCAGUAUUUGUUUGCACUCCUGCAGAACAGCAACAGAAAAUAUAUUGACCCUUCGGGACUGGUCAAAGCUCUCGGACUGGACAUUGGACAGCAGCAGGAUGCACAAGAGUUUUCCAAACUCUUCCUGUCCCUAUUGGAGGACACACUGUCUAAGCAGGAGAACCCAAGCCUACACAAUGUCAUCCAGCGGCAGUUCUGUGGACAGUCUUCCUACGUCACUGUGUGUAACCGGUGUGGCCGCUCAUCUUCCGUCAGGUCCAAGUUCUAUGAGCUGCAACUCAACAUUCAAGGUCACAAAAACAUUGCAGAAUGCAUCACGGAGUUUCUUCAGGAGGAGAAGCUGGACGGAGAUAACCUGUACUUCUGUGAGAGUUGUCAGAGUAAACAGAGUGCCACACGGAGGAUUCAACUGCACAGUCUUCCUCCCACACUCAACAUGCAGCUCAUGCGCUUCGUCUUUGACAGACAAACAGGGCGAAAAAAGAAGCUCAACAGCUACAUUAGUUUUCCAGAGCAGCUUGACAUGAGACCUUUUUUGGGAGAAAAUAAUGCUCAGAAGAGUCUUUAUGAACUGAGUGCGGUAUUGAUCCAUCGCGGUGUCAGUGCCUAUUCAGGACAUUACAUUGCGCAUGUGAAGGAUGCAUGCAUGAGCGACUGGUACAAAUUCAAUGAUGAAGAAAUUGAGAAGAUGGAGGGCAAGAGGCUUCAGUUGGGUGUGGAGGAAGACAUUGCACAGACCGUAAAGACGCAGACACGGAAACCCAAGAGCAGCAAAGGUGACCACUGCUCGAGGAAUGCUUACAUGUUGGUUUACAAGCUCCAGGAAGAAGGAAGCCAUGACUCCUCUGGGCGUGUUGUUGAUGUGCCUGCUUUCCUGCAGAGGCUUGUGGACCAAGACAACCACAAGUUUGAGGAGUGGUGCAACGAAAUGGCUGACAUGAGGAAAAUGAGUGUUGAUAAAGGCAAGGCCAAGCACGAGGAGGUGCAGAAACUGUAUCAGCUCUUACCAGCUGAAUCAGGAGAGCCGUACGAGUUCAUACCUCUGGACUGGUUAAAGAAGUGGCUGGAUGACUCCACUGUCACCAAGGAAAUCGACAACUCCUCCCUGCUGUGUUCUCAUGGCAAACUGCAUCCUGACAUGGUUUCCAAUACCAAGAGGGUUUCCCUGCAGGCUGGUCGUAUCCUGUUUAACAGCUACAGUGGAGGACCCAGGUUGGAUGAUUCCUCCCUCUGUCGAGAGUGUGUGGUGCAACGAUGCCGGCUGCUUCGGCUGAAAAACCAAAUCAAUGAAGAUUUUAAAGAGAUUUCCAAUUUGGUGAAAAACUCGCCAAGUGAUGGAGGAUAUUGGGUGGGAAAAGCUUCUCUACGUGGCUGGAGGCAUUUGGCCUUGGCGCAUUUGGAGGAUGAGGAGUCCGGACCGGGUAAUGGCGUAGCCAGCAAACCAGAACCCACCUGCAGCAAAGACGUGGACUCUGAUCAGAUGGACAGCAAAGACGAGGAGAUGAAAACCUUUAAUGAGGAUAUCGUCUGUAGCCACGGAGGUUUAAGUAUUCUGGAUUCUGAAAGAAAGUUGGUGUCUGCCAAAGUUUGGAACAAACUCAAAGCAUAUCUCCCCACCGCGCUGGAAUUCACCCAAAACCAAGUGCCUUGUCAGCAGUGCACGACGUUUGAGCAGGAGGAAAAGGACAACGAGGCGGUGAGUAAGAUGAUGGCUGUGGACCAGAAGAACCAGCUGGUGAACCUAUUCCAAGAGAAGAACCGGCCCACGCUCAGCAAGUGGCCUCAGGAGACGGACGUGCUUUACAUUGUUCCUCUGCUGUUUGUGGACGAGUGGAGAAAGUUCAUCAGGCGACCGACCAAAUCCUCUCCAGUUUGCAACGUAACAAACAGUUUGCUGCUCUGUCCACAUGGAGGCGUCAUGUUUGACUACAGCUCCCUUGUCAGCGGAUCCAUGCAAAACGUAGCUCUUCUCUGGCCCAGUGAGUGGGAGGUCAUCAGGCGUCUCUUCAUUGUGGACAACUGCAUCUCCAUCCACUGCCUCAGAGAGACAUCGCCCACUGGAGCCGUGGUUCAGUUCACCACUCAGCCUGAUCUGUGUGGUGAUUGUCGAGAGGCGUUUCUGGCCCAACAGCAGAAGGACCAGACAGAAUACAGCCAGGCAACUGUUUACAUUCGCAAAGUGGUCAAAGACAACGGUUUAAACAGGGAUGCUAGUUCGGAGCUGACUGCCAGCAAUUCGGAGGCAGAGCCGGACAGAGAGGAGCUGAUGAAGCUGAAUGGACAGAAGGAUCCUGACUUCAUGCAGACAGAGGACGGCACCAAGCGCUUCCGGCUGAGUGAGGAGCAGUGCACGUCAUCUGAGCUCAACAUGGUCCAGCUGGGCAUCAGGAGAAGCACUCGCCACAGGAAGAUCCGCGGAGAGAAGGCUCUGGUGGUGUCUGCCAACCAGACCUUGAAGGAGCUGAAGAUUGAGAUCAUGCACGCCUUCUCCGUGGCGCCAUUCGACCAGAACCUCUCCAUCAACGGGAAGUCUCUGACGGACGACUCGGCCACGCUGGGCAGCCUCGGCAUCGUCCCUGAGAGCAUCAUAUUCCUCCGGGCUGACGAGCCCAUUGCAGACUACGCUGCCAUGGACGAUGCCUAUCAGGUGCGAGUGCCAGAAGAGGGCUUCAAAGGCACUCUGCUGGGACAUUAAGGGAUCGGCUCCUGCUCCUGGUGGAAUUUUCAUUCAUUGGUAUAAAUAAGUCCUGAAUCAUGUUUGUAUGUCCUGAGGGGUGUUGCUUAAUAAAAGUUUAACUGUC